AUGUCUGUCAAAGUUGAAGGUUUUAAAUCAUCCGAUGUUUUUGAACAACUUCAAACUAGUUUUGCUGAUAAUUCAACAAAACAAGAGAGUAUCAAAAAGGUAAAAGCCAUCUUUGAAAUUAACGUAAAAAAUACUGAAGGGAAGGAACAAUUAUGGACUUUAGACUUAAAAAAAGAAGGUACUGUUAAAACAGGAAAAGGUUCCGAAAAACCUGAUAUUACUAUUACUUUGGAAGAUGAUACUUUUGUUCAAUUAGCUUCUGGAAAACUUAAUGGACAAAAAGCUUUUAUGUCUGGUAAACUCAAAGUUAAGGGUAAUAUGAUGUUGGCAACAAAAUUGGAUAGCGUAUUUAAUACUACUAAAGUUAAAGCAAAAUUAUAA